AGAGCUUUACAAGAACAAACAAAAUUUUGGCUGCCAUGCACCCUCCACUCUCCUCAAAUAACUUCUGAGUGAAAACAAAACCAUGGCGUCGUCUUCCGGAUCAUCUUCAUCCUCUGGGUCUGCGGCUUCGAGUAUCUUUCGAGUUGACUAUGGGAAUGAUGGGUCUACUCCUGUUGGGUAUUCUUGUCAACAGCUGAUGAGCGACAAUCAAGCAUCUGUUUUGUUUGUGGAAUACUAUUACGACAUCCAGCAUGACACGACGGUUGAUGCUGCUUCAGUUGUGGCUCAGGGGGAGGCAGAUUUGCUGAAUAUAGUGGCGUCGCAUUUUGGGCUCAUCGAUGGGGCGAGAUGUUCUAUCCCCCCCGUGACGGCCUUGUGGCUGAUAGAAGUCACGUCGGAACCUGCAGACGAAGUGGUGGAUGUGUUUGAUACUUGUCAGGAGUUGGUGCCAGGAACAGGCCAAUCUUGUUCAGUGUACAGGGGUUAUAUGGAAGCACAUUAUCUAGGGGUUGGCAAUCCGGCAUCCUUUCAAAGUUAUAUACAAUCAAACCUCAACAACAUUGGGACUGGCAAAGGCUUUCGAAUCGCUUACCUUGGAGCACAAUUAGACACCAGUCUCAUUGGGAACACUAGUGGAAGAGACCAGCUGAACCCUUCCAAAAACAAAGCUGAACCCCCCCAAUAUGCUGAUCCUGGUAAACGAACAUUUACUUUUGUGGGUGGACUGUUGGUUGCUGGGUUCCUGGCCGCUUUUCUGGGACUUUUCUUUGUGCUGUAUCGACGGAGACAAAAGUUCUUGGCCGCUCAGCAAGUUGAAAUUGCUCUCUCCAAGUCCGGACUGGAUGACGCCACACCCCAGGAACAAGACCUCAGCGCGAGCUUACGAGCGCAACGAAUGGAACCAGAAAUUGGACAGGAAAGUUUCGAGACUCACGAAGAUGAGUAUUCAGGCAACAACUAUAGAUUUGACCUGGCCACCAGUAUGAAGAAUGAACUCUUCAAUAUACACGGCCGGGCAGCAGACCCGCCUCAUAGAAACUUCGGGGUUGGGAUUGAAGAAACCUCCGAUAGCGACGCCGAUAGUUGGGCACAAACGGAUGGAACUAUUGGAAGUCUGGAACUGCAGCUGGAACCUAUAACAGCUGAGGUAUGAGCGAUGCAGUGAACAUGGAUGGAUUUCGUUCUAUCCUAUGGCAAUGACAAUCGAAGCAGUUUGGCUUGGGGCGUCACCUUCGGUGGGAGGUCGGGGGCUUCUCACCCGUCAAAAGAUGUACCGUACUUUGGCUGGUGCCAACCUGUGCUUGCUUAUCGCCUCCAACAAUAUAUGGCACCGAAGACAAAGCAGUUGGCUUUUUCCUUUGUUUCUUUAUGAUAGAUUCGAUCCUUGGCAACCAACUCAGACUCGGGGGGGGAGCAUUAGAGAUAUCAGCUCAAACUCUUAGAUCACAGCAUCUAGCAACGUCCAGGUACAUACAUAUGUAUACUUGCUUCACUAUGGGAGUACGGUACCUAACAUGAUACAAAAGCAAGUUACGUUUUAGAGAAUAAUAAUCUAUCUAUCCUCCCGUACAUCCACAAUUACAUGAAGCUCUCGAGCCGUAAAAGUAAUAAUUCAGCUUCCUUCGCGUUUCGCAGCCAUUUCCAGGAG